CGAAGCCUAAUGGAAAAUGGCGUCGCAGUGCGACAUGAGCUGUCGGCUGUCGGUCGCCGCUCGCACCAGCUCGCACUCGAUAAGCAGUUAUUCGCCAUCGUAGACGGGCACGCGUCGCAAGGUUGGCGCAAUUAUAGACGAGACGUACGAAGAGGAUUGUUUUCAAGAUAGUCGUACGUGUAAUUGGGACAAAGAGACCGGUGAGAGCAAUCGUUUUUUGAGCUUGUGCAAAAUGUCCUCUGUACAAUUGGAUCGUCCUCCAAAAUUGGGUCAAAACAACAAGAAAGAGAACGAAAAAUCUAGGAAAUCUUUCAAUACUUCGCACAAAAAGCACAACAAGCACGAUGACAAUCGUCACUUCAAAUUCAGUAACAGGAAACGACCUCAAAGCAGCUUUAGCAGCAAUGGAAAGUUCUUUCCACCCUAUAAACGCAGAAAGAAGGAAGGUGUGAUUAUACCUCCUACGAAAUUCUUACUCGGAGGCAACAUUUGUGAUCCUUUAAAUUUAAAUAGCAUGCAAGAUGAAGAAAUAAAUCGAGCCAUGAAUGCAGUAACUCCAAAAUCAAGUCCACUUCCCACUCCAAAGCACAAAAAAGAGAUUAUUGAAGUGAUUAUUCCACCAAAUAUUUGUGAUCCCUUGAAUUUGACAAAUUGUAAUGACAAUGAAGAAUACGAGAAACAGUUGAUAUCACCCACAAAGAGAAAUUCUAAAAGAAGAAACAGAAAGAGAAAGAGAGCCUCUUCUGGAUCUGGAAAAGAUGAAGCAAAGAUGAUGGAGUCUAGUGAAGCCAAAUUGAGAGAAAUUGAAGGAAACAGUGCAGCAAUUGAAUCAUCAACAGAAAGGCUUUCUAAUGAAAGAAUUAGUUUAGAGGAGGCCCAAAAUGCGCAGGAUGAAAGUUUACUGAAGGAAAAUAAGACAGAGAGUCCUCAGAAAGACAAAAAUAGACUACGAUUAAAAGGUUUAGAGGAAGUAAAAGAUAAAAGAUUGAGAAAAAUUGACACAAAGGAUAAAAUAGUGAGCCCAGUAAUACCGCAGCCUGGUGCUUGGAAGCCCAGGCCACAACAUAGGCCCAGUCAGGACAAGAAAAAGAAACAACAGCAUGCAAUGCCCAAUUUUAGGCCCAAAGAUGCUAGAUAUCAAUAUGGAAAUUACAAUAGAUAUUACGGAUAUAGAAAUCCUCAUCAUGAAGUAGAUCCUAGAUUGAAAGUGUUUGCACAGCGAAAGGAACUGUUCCUGCGGAAAGAUAUUCUGGACAUUGGAUGCAAUAUUGGUCACAUUACACUAUCAGUUGCCAGAGAUUUUGGUGCCAAAAGUGUUACAGGGAUUGAUAUUGAUAGAACUUUGAUAAAUAUUGCUCGGAAGAAUGUGAAACACUAUGUUAAUUGUGUUCAAAGUCCCGCAAGCAGUGAAGAUAAUGAUAAAAGAGAUUCUUCGGAUGCUAGCUUCUUUCCUAUGUCGAUGCCAAUUAGUUAUGGACCUGUGGAUAUUCCGGGAUUUACGAAGAAUAAGCAACAUAAGGGAUUCCCUUACAAUGUCACUUUUGUGCAGGGUAAUUAUGUGCUCGAAGAUGAUUCACUUCUAUGUGCGGAACAACCGCAAUUCGACACAAUUCUAUGUCUUUCUAUCACCAAAUGGAUUCAUUUAAAUUUUGGUGAUGCUGGAUUAAAACAAACUUUCAAACGUAUACACGCGCAAUUACGCCCCGGGGGAGUCCUCGUUUUGGAACCUCAGGGUUGGGCCAGCUAUACCAAGAAAAAGAAUCUCACAGAGCGGAUCUAUAAAAACUAUCAUAGCAUCGAGUUCCUACCGCAGAAGUUUACACAAUAUCUUCUAUCUUCUGAAGUCGGCUUUUGCAAGUGCGAGGUUGUUUCUAUUCCACCUCAUCCCUCCAAAGGAUUUCAACGACCCAUACAUCUCUUCACUAAGACCGGCGGUCCCUCUUUUACUACCGAACGAACUGACAGCGGCAUCAUGAAUGAUGCGCUGGCGAAUCGCCAAGACAGGAUAAUGAGAAGAGAUCAGGAAGAGAUUCGCGACAUAGAGAGAAUCAAAUACGAGCAGGAUUUAUUUCCAAAAGAAAAUGUCAAUAGAGGCAAUAUGUCAGAGAUUAGUCAACAUAGUGGAGAUUUGAAUCAAUAUGAGCAGUUGGCGAACGUAUACGCACCUAGCGCGACACCAUGUUACGAUACUCCAAGUCACAAUAGCGAUAGUCAACCUUUGGAUAGUCAGUCUUUAGAUAUGUCAAGGAUAAAAGAAGACAAAGAAGAAACCUCAUAAAAUAAGAAAAUAAAUUUAAAAAACAAAAGAAUUAAAAAGGGGAAAGAAAAGAAAAGAAGAGAGAAGAAAAAAAUUAAGAUAUUAAUAAAUUAAGAAAAAGAAGAAGGCGAAGAAGAUGAUUAAGAAGAAAAAGAAGAGGCAGGAAGAGAGAAAGAAGAAUGAAGAAAAUAUUAAAAUAUUAAUAAAUUAAAAAAAGCGUAUUUUUGCGCAUUUUAACACAAGAAAUUAAAGUCAACUUGAUAUUACACAGGUUUCUUUAAUCUUAUUUCCUCUUCUGAAAUUAAAUUAAUUCUGCAAAAUUUGUUUAUUUUUAAACUGAACUUUUGCUUUAGCUUUAUUUUUAUUUCUUCAGUAUUACAAAUUUUCUGCUGUCAAACUGUGAUUCAUUCGAAGAUAAAGAAUGACAAUAGAAGAAACAUAUAUGACCAAUAAACGUUAAAAAAA